AUGGGGUUUGGUCUGCUGGAUUGUUAUAUCAGUAUGGAAGUGAGUGAGUCACUUCCUGACUCCCCUGCUCAUGGAUGUCUUGCUGAUCACACAUAUGCCAAAUCGUGGAACUGGAGCCCAAGUCAUAUCCUCUACUGGCCCACCAAAUAUCUCUUCACUUCCCGGGAGAUACAUAUAGCACAUACAUCUGGAGCCAAUGAAGGUAGACUUGAUGUGGAGAUGGUUGUCAGUGAGUCUGAACCUCCAUUUGAUGCCAUCAAGGCAGAGACAUUGCUUGAAGAAGCAGUCAAGGAGGCAGAGAAAGUAUGCUGUAAUGGAGUGGAUGACCAGGACUGGGAAAAAUCAGUAGAUCAGUUAUCUUGGACAUCAGAGCAGAGGAAACUCUUCUCUAAAGUCACUGAAAUUCUCAAUGCGGUAUACUUGUCUAUGCUUUCAUCUAAGGGAUCUGUGCACUGCGCUGCUGUGUAUCGCUCCCGCAUGGACUCUUGUGCCAAACAAUUUUGUCGCCUUAUGUGCCAAGACAGCAUGGAAGUCAAGCUAGGGGGAUGGCUCCAUGUCCUGCUUAUGAAACAUUUGAGCCCAAGUUAUCUGGCUCUGUAUAUGGAGCUUCUACAGGCCCUAAGAGCAAAAUCACCUGGUGUAUUCGAUAGUGUCACAUCAGAAGCAAGAAUGGCUGACUCUAUGAUGGAUUUUCUUGAAAAGAAACCAUGGGAUCCAGCUGCUUCAUCAUUGUCACACUUGAAGCUGACCAAGCCCAGAGAUGGCAUCACCAUUCUGUUCCUGCAUGGUUCCUUGUCUAAGAAACAGAGAGCAUCCAUGCGCAUGCAGUUCUGGAUUGAUCAGCUCUCCCACAUGGGAAGAGUCAUCCCUGUUACAUUGGCAUCUUUAGAUGACAAUGGUCGCACACGAUCUUUGGAUGCAAUAUUGUCAUCAUUGAAAUCUCAUGUAAGUGAUGCGAAGACACAACACCCAGAUAAACCAUUGGUGAUUGUGGGAUGGGGAACAUGGGCAGCUCUCACUUCUCAUGUCUGCUUGGAAGAAGCUGCAUCAAUAUCAGCAGUUGUGUGCCUUGGGUUUCCAACACGUGGGAUAUUUGGUGCAAGGGGGGAAGCUGAUGACCCUCUUCUGUUCUGUAAAGUUCCAUUUCUGUUUAUCCUUGGCAGUCAAGCAAUCAAUGCAAGGAUCAGUGAUAUUGAGAGGCUUAGGGAGAAGAUGAAAUGUCAGACACGUCUCAUUGUCCUUGAAGGGGGUGAUCACUGGCUCAGACUCCCCAAAGGAUGCAAAGUCAUACACCAUGUCACCCAGGGAAUGGUUGACAAAGCUCUGAUGAUGGAAGUGGCAGACUUCAUUUCUCUUGUGCUGAGUCCACCACCUGAUGUCCUGACCAGUCUAACCAUGGUUCCAGGCUCCAAUACUUAUAUGAAUAAUCAUCACUUGCCAUGUCAGUCAAAAGAUAUUGGUCAGAAGAAUAGAUAUUCUGGGUCUGGACGUGGGGAUUUGUCUUAUGAUCAAGCCACCAAAAAGAACUCUUUUGAGGAUACAUUAAACAACACACAUCCAUACAUUAUGAGUGUGACAUCUGCAUUGAAUCGAAUGGGACCUGCCAGAUCUCGUGGCUUUGCUGCCCUUCAGACUAAACUCACUUCAGUUCCAUCACUGAGGGGUAGAAGGGCACCACAUAAGAAUAGUAGUCUUACAUUUGGAUCCCGUCUAAGUUCCUGGCAGUCACGAUCCCCCGUUGCAAUGCAGACUUCAAAAUCAUUCCAUCCUGGACCUUCCUCUCAUAAAUAUCAUCAUGUCAUUUUGCAGACUGGCAGUGGAGCUGGUGGCGAUGGUGGACAUCAGGUGGUUGCCUUGAAUAGUUCACCAUUAAGUGAUGAAAGGAGGGCAUCAUAUAUUGAUGCUGGCCAGCAGUCUUCAUCUAUUACGGGUAGUCCAACCCUGAGGAGUCUCCUUGAUGCCAAUUCUCCAGGGAAGAAGGUGCAGAAAACGCAGCAGAGAGGAACUUUCCAUGGGGAAUUCCAACGGUUAAGUCAGCUUCUCAACAACCCCAACUUGAUGAAAGCAUCAUCCUCAACCUCAAGGGUUGAAAAUGAACACCUGGCCAAUGUUCCUCAUGGCUCAUCCAUAAGGAUGCGGCUGCCUUUUAGAAGUGACUCUAAAUUUGUUGCUGCCAUCCCAGCAAAUCGUGCACCAAAGACUGUGCUCUCAACUGAUUUCACACCUGGUCCCCCUGUGAAGAUAUACCCUGUGAGGGAAGUGAAACCACCUGUUGUCAAACUGAGUAUGAGAAUUCCUCCUAGCCCUCAUUUGAACUCCAAUUCCCUGAAGUCUUUCCAACCUUGUGAGCCAAUCCAAGUACGCUAUACUGAUCCCCAGUGUUUAACGACUUCACAGGAUGCAAUUUCUAGCAUACUAGAAGGAUCACAUCAGACUGAAGAAUCUCAACUAAGAAGUCAACAGCAAUUGCCACAGGAUAAUUCUGUGGAAGCUGUAUUUCCACCAGACUCAUCUAUGCUAUCCAAAGUAGUGUCAACUUGUAAUUUAGAAACCACACCUGUUGUGCUCCAUCAGUUGCCCUCUCUAUCACAUAGUGCCUCUACUUACCAACAAGAUAUUGACCAAAGAGAAGACCCUCCUUUGAAGGAGGCAUCAUUCCCUGUCAUUGAUUUGACUGUAGCAGGAGAGCCCAAGGAGAACUCUAUCAAUUUAAGUGAUGAAGUUCAGGCAAUUCCUGAAGAGGUCCCUGUGAAGUCUUCCAGUCCAGGUACUUCUCAGGAUGAGGAGUCCAAGUUGCAGGCAAAAGUUGGACAAGAUGGAGAAACCUCUGGUGAUGAAGAGACCUAUAUCAAUAUUCUUCCUCCUGAAAAGAACCAUAUGGUUCUAGAAGGUGAUGAAUCUUCUGAUGUGUCUAGCAGACGAUCAGUGAGGAUGCAAUCCCAGCAGGGGGACCCUGAGAGGAUGGGUGCUGUGACCCGAGCUGUGAAACGAAAGGCUCAAAACUCUCCAAAUCCACUGAACCUUACUCCUUCCCUGGUUGGAAAGAGGAGAAAAGUGGAAAAGCAGCAUGCAGCCCUGGCUGUGUCUCCAAAACUACCUUUACUUCGCCGUGUUACACGUUCCUCACCUCAUCUGGGCACACUCAAAAAGUGACUCUUGGAAUUUAAAAUACAGCUUUAAUUUCAAUGUGUUUGGCAAUCACUCAUCUCUCACUUGUAUCUCAUGCAUUCUCCAUUGCAAAUCUUUAUGUAAGUUGAUUUUCCCCUUCUCUCUUUCCUGUGAACAGUGAUAUAACUUGAUAUCCCUUCAGUGCUCCCUCCAAAAUCAGCCUCAGUCUGCAGCUUUCUGGUUGUUUGUAGGUGGAUUGUUCUUAAUGGCCAGGCCU